AUGGCCGGCCCCGCGCCCGGGCUGCGGCUACGGCCGCUGGCAGCGCUGGCCCUGGCCUUGGCCCUGGUCCUGGCGCUGGCCCCGGGGCUGCCCGCAGCCGGGGCCGGGCGGACGCCGCGCCCCGCCGAGCGCGGGCCGCCGGUGCGGCUCUUCACGGAGGAGGAGCUGGCGCGCUACCGCGGGGAGGAGGAAGAUCAGCCCAUCUACUUGGCAGUGAAGGGCGUGGUGUUUGAUGUCACUUCCGGAAAGGAGUUUUAUGGACGAGGAGCCCCCUACAACGCCUUGACCGGAAAGGACUCCACCCGAGGGGUGGCCAAGAUGUCCCUGGACCCUGCAGACCUCACUCAUGACACUACGGGACUCACGGCCAAGGAGCUAGAGUCGCUGGAUGACGUCUUCACCAAAGUGUACAAGGCCAAGUACCCCAUCGUGGGCUACACGGCCCGCAGGAUUCUCAAUGAGGACGGCAGCCCCAACCUGGACUUCAAGCCCGAAGACCAGCCCCACUUUGACAUCAAGGACGAGUUCUGACGUUCCGGUCCGGAGCCAGGGAACCCUCCCUGGGCCACCCAGAUGCCAAUGAACCCAACCUUUGCCAGCCUUGGUGGUAACAGCCCAAGCAGGAUGCUCCCUAAAUGCCAGCGCUGGCCAGCGGUGGAAUCACAAGUGACCUUCAUUUCUCCUUUAUACUUUUCCGUAUGGGCCACAUUUUCUGCCGUGACCGUGUUUGCUUUAUAAUAAGAACAAAAAUAAAUGUGCUAUUCUUACA